AUGCUCCCGCUAAAGCUGGUACGCUCUCUAGUCUUUGGAGAAACCAUCAACAACAACCCUCUCCUUCUCCCCCAAAAUCAACAUGACGAAGAUCCCCACCACAACAAUGACGAUGGCUACGAUGCUGACUCUAAUGCCAAAGAUGGUCAUCACAAACCAACAGAAGGAAGAAGCAAAACCAGCAAAUCGAGAACCCCAUUUCUCCUCUUCCUCCCAACCAAAGAGCUUGUCGCAGACACAUACAGACUGGCCACCAUAGCCAGAGACAUGGGCAUGGAUUUGCACCCAACCCCAUCUCUCUCCCACAUCAUUCUCUCAUACCCACCACCGCCAUCAUCAUCGUCAUCAUCUCCAUCUUCAACAUCACCAUCAACAUAUUCAUGGUCAUCGUCAUCACUCUCAUCAACAUCUUUGCCCGACGACACUGUUCCCCUCCCUUUCCCUUCUCUCUCCACAGCCUCCAUUUCCCAUCUUCGCGCCUUUGUCAAGCUCUCCAAAGGCCUGUUCAAGCUGGUAUUUGUGCGCUCCAAUUGUAAAGCCACUGAGGCAACUAGUGAAAGCAAUUGGAAUUGCUCAUCAAUGUCGCUGUUUUCGCGGCUCACCGGAGACCGAAUUGACACAAUGGAAGGGUUUUCUCGGGCUUUGGCCGGACUGGGGUGGACCCUUUUCAAGACUAAAGAAAACCCAUCAGCGGAUUCGGGCCAUAGGCGAGUUUGCGGUGGCAAAUCGGUGUAUCUGUUUCGGAAGGUCGAUACAAACAGGGUUAGGGCUUGCACUGCUGGGGAAUGUAGGGUUCGGGAGUUGAGGUUGCCCCCAUUGGAUUUUAGUAAUGCCCCUUUGAGGAUUUUGCAAUACAUUCUCCUUAUGACGGAUGAUCUCUUCUAUCUCGCAUAA